AUGGAUGCAAAGCUGUUCCUUCUGCCAUGCUCAUUUCGCUUGCAACCCAUGCUUCCACCCAAAAAUAUGCGCCUCUCUCCUUUCAACACUACUUACCCUUCUGGAACAGUUUUGAGGAGGUGCAUGAACAAAGAAGAACAACUUCUGGAAGGGAUGCCAAAGGAGUAUUACGAUGAUGAAUGGCAAGCCAGACAACGGGAAAAAUCAAAGGAGUUUCAUAGAAGACGUCGGGAGGAAGAGGAAGAAGAGGAAAGGAAGAUCGAAGAGUACCGUGAAAUAGGUAUGCGUUUGAAGGGGUACCCAGAUGAAGAAGUUGUAAAAGCAAGAAAAUUAGUUUCAAGCUUCAUUAGGGCUGAAGAAGAGGUGGAAGAGCAAAUUGAGGAGGCUGCAGAGAGGGGUGAACUUACUGAACUUGUGCUAAUGGUUAUAUGGAAUCGCCUCGAUCUUGCUCGGCGUGAUGAAGAAAAGGAUGCCAUUAGGAGUCUUGAUCUCCUAUACAGAAGAGUCGAGACCGAGAUAUUGAGACGGGAAGCUACUCCGGCUAUGAGGCUGCUCAAUGAUCUUUUGAACAUGCACGAUGGGUUUGACGAUUCCGGAUGGCUGAAGGAAUGCAAAAAACACAUGGUUGAUACUUUUCCACGGGAGGAUCCGUUCAGCAUCCUUGUACCAGCUGGUUUUGAUAUCGAUAAGCAUCACGGUCCAUUGUCACUGCCAGCGGAAGCCGAUGAUGUUCUUCUGAGAGUAGAUUUCAUUAGAGAGGUCGAUGCUUUGCUACAAGAGGUUCGAUCCGAACAAAAUGAAGCAGAGAGUGUCGAAGGGUUUGAUCCAGAAUCUGUUGCAGUAAAAUUGAAGGAACAGGAGAGGAAACGAACCAUACGCCAAGUUGAAAUUCUUCUAGACUUGGCCAUUAAUUUGAAAUGGUAGCUAU